AUGGCAGCGACAACACAGCACGAUAGCCGGGUGGUGAGCGUCUCGAGCGGGAAGAAGCUGUACAUCGAGGUGGACGACAGCGCGGGCAAGGACGCGCCAGCAAUCGUCUUCAUGCACGGCCUCGGGUCGUCGACCUCUUUCUGGGAAGCGCCCUUCUCCCGCUCCAACCUGUCCUCUCGCUUCCGCCUGAUCCGCUACGACUUUGACGGCCACGGUCUCUCGCCCGUCUCGUCCCUCGACGCAGCAGACGACGGCGCCAUGAUUCCGCUCGACGACCUUGUCGAGGACUUGACGGCUGUGAUUGAGUGGGCUGGAGUGGAGAAGGUUGCGGGAGUCGUUGGGCACUCGAUGAGCGGUUUGGUCGCGAGCAGUUUUGCGGCCAAGUACCCGCAGAAGCUCGACAAGCUGGUCCUCCUCGGCGCGAUGCGCUCUCUCAACCCGACCAUCCAGACCAACAUGCUCAAGCGUGCCGACACCGUGCUCGAAUCCGGGCUCUCGGCAAUCGUCGCACAAGUCGUCUCCGCCGCGCUGUCCGACAAGUCGAAGCAGGACUCGCCUCUCUCGGCAGCGAUGGUGCGGACGCUCGUGCUUGGAACGGACGCGCGAGGGUAUGCGGCGGCGUGUAGGGCGCUUGCGGGCGCGACUGAUCCGGAUUACUCGACCAUCAAGGCUGAGACGUUGGUCAUCGCGGGCGAAUUCGACUACCUCUCGAACAAGGAGACGACCGAUGCGCUUGUCAACGACAUCCCUGGCGCGCGAAAGGUCCAGAUGGACGGUGUCGGCCACUGGCACGCCGUCGAGGACCCCGUUGGACUCGCCAAGAUCCUCGAUGGGUUCUUCUUGCAGGGAAAGUGA